AUGAAGGACGGACAGACACCCCCGGGGUACGAAUACACCCCGCCCCCCGCCGAGGCGGCUGCGGAGCUUGCCGAGCAGGGGCUUCCGAUCCAGCCGGUUCCUCACGGGUACAGGUUCACGCCGGCCGCGAACGGGGCCCCGAAGCGUCCGAGCGCGACGCGGCUGCAGAUGAUUAUGGAUUUCAUAUAUCAUCGUCACUUCGUGGCCUCGUUUAUCCUCGUGAUGGUGUUCGGGGCGAUCUACAGCCUCGCGGCCGUCAUCGCCGGCACCGUCAUCCUCGCCGGCGCCAAGGGCGUCGACUCGGAGGGCUACCUCGACGCCCGGUGCGCGCUGGGGGUGUCGAGUCAGGUCAGCACCUACGUCACGAGCGGCGGGGACACGUGGUACUGCUGCGACGUGCCCGUGACGGUCACGCCGCUCGACUCCUCCGUCGCGCCGUUCGACACCUUCUCGAACAAGCGCGAGUGCGACCCGGGCGGACCCCAGGACGGCCGCGACCCGUGCGCAGUGCACCGACAGCCAAUCGACGUCGACCUGUGCCACUACCACCCCGACAAGCCCGCGACGGACUUCUCCUGCGAGGCGACGCACCGCAACAAGCAGAACCGCGAGUACCCGUCGUGCAACGUGCUGUGGGGGGGUAAUUGGGACCUGUUGGCAUCGCGACGCAAGCUCAAGGAGCAGCGGGCCGCGGGCAUCGGGCUCCUGUGCUCGCUGGCCUUCACGGUGCCCGCGACGAUCCUGUUCUUCGUGCUGCUGUUCCUGCACGGCCACGUGAAAUGCCUGACCAUGCCUGACAACUUGUAUUGA